AUGGCCACCGUGGUGGCCAAGAACGCCGUCGGCUCCUCCUGGCGCAAGAUCAUGGGCACGCGGGAGUGGUCGCGCGUGCCAGAUGCCGAAAAGGCGUACGUGCGCACCACCAGCACGGCGUGCCUGCUGAGCGAGCCCUCGUCCCGCGUGGCCGUCCAGCUGGCGCUGCUCAUCAGCAACCUGGCGCGCUUUGACGUCCCGCGGCCCUGGGACAGCCUCGUCGGCGACCUGGCAGCCUCGGCGGGCAUGGACAGCCCCACCUCGCUGGAGUCAAAGCUGCGCUCCCUCAGGGCCCUCAAGCACUGCGUCCGCGGUCUCAAGGAUGCCGAAAAGGCGUACGUGCGCACCACCAGCACGGCGUGCCUGCUGAGCGAGCCCUCGUCCCGCGUGGCCGUCCAGCUGGCGCUGCUCAUCAGCAACCUGGCGCGCUUUGACGUCCCGCGGCCCUGGGACAGCCUCGUCGGCGACCUGGCAGCCUCGGCGGGCAUGGACAGCCCCACCUCGCUGGAGUCAAAGCUGCGCUCCCUCAGGGCCCUCAAGCACUGCGUCCGCGGUCUCAAGGGCAAGCGGUUUGCCAUCGACACGCCCAACAUCCUCAUGUCCCUGAGCGACAACGCGGUGACGGCGCUGACCUCCCAGAUCGACACAGACCGCGGCCAGCUGGCGGCGCAGCUCAAGGCGCUGCUGCCCAGCAUGCAGGCCGGGACCAAGAGCAGGGUGCUGCUCACGAGGUUCACGGCGCGCGUGCUCAUCCAGCCCAUGUACCGACCCGACUUCAUCAACCUGCACGCGCAAGGGUUUGGAGUGCUGACAUCAGCCUACGACCGGUCGCAGCGGUACCUGCCCUCGCUCACUGCCGCCCAGGAGGCACUGGAUGGCCUGCUUGCCCCCGGGCAGUGCUCGGCCCUGGUCCAGGCUGUGGUGACCAAGUACAUCGCCCUCUCCUCCGAGGAGCUGGAGGAGUGGCAGGCGGAUGCCGAAGGCUUCGCCCGCCAGGUCGAUGUGGAGACUUCUCCGGACGCAGACACGCCCAGGCCCUGCGGCGUGGCGCUGCUGGAGUGCAUGCUGGAGCGCGAGACGGAGUCGGUUUCCAGCGCCCUGGUGGAAGCUGCGGGGCAGUUGCAGACGGCCCCGCUGACCAGGGAAACUCUGCUGCUGCGGGAGGCCACCUACCGCGCGCUGGGGGAGUGCUUCAGCCACGUCCGGACCAAGGUCGAUUUCCCAAACUGGUACGAGACGGAGCUGCGGGGCAUCCUGCAGCCGACGCCGAAUGCAGGCUUGGACGCCCACAUCCUGCAGGCGCGGGCCCUCUGGCUGGUGGGUGUGUGUGGCGAGGAGCUCGGACACGAGCCCUGGGACGAGGCCUUUGGCCUGUGCGCCGCCCACAUCUCCUCGCCGGACCUCGUGGUGGCGCUGAUGGCGGUGUCGGCGUGCACGGCCAUGGUUGCCCAGGCCCUGGAGGAGUCUGCCUUCCUGAGCCAGGCCCCGGAGAGGCACCGCAUGCGCGAGCGCCUCUUCCUGGACGGCUUCGGAGACUUUGACGAGGCACCGACAGCGAGCCGCUGCUGGACGACGGGCUGCGCCUGUGGCGCGGCGUGCUGCAGCACUCCACCUCCGUGUCGCCCCUGCUCGCGGUGA